AUGACAACAUUUAAUAGAACUGUCAAUAUUAGUUUUGUGGAUCCAAAGAAUAAUUUAUCAAAGAGUGUGAAGGCUCCAAUCGGAGAAAAUAUUUUGGCUGUUGCCCAUGCUAAUGAUAUUGAUUUGGAAGGUGCUUGUGAAGCUUCUCUUGCUUGCAGUACUUGUCAUGUUUACAUUCAAGAUGAAUUUUUUGAAAAGAUGCCAGAACCUGAAGAAGAGGAAGAAGAUAUGUUGGAUUUGGCUUAUGGAUUGGCUCACAAUUCUCGUUUAGGAUGUCAAGUCAUUGUUUCCAAAGAUAUGGAAGGAAUGACUGUCACUCUACCAAGAGCUACUCGUAAUAUGCAAGUUGACAAGAAAUAA